GAGAUUAAUAGAGCUGCUAUUUGGGGAAUUACGGUCAUUACCUGCGUGACGUCACUCAUCUAACCGCAGCAUAGCGACCGAGCUUGGUCGGAUACUGAAGGAGAACCGCAACCGCUUCAAAGCCGGAGGAACAAAAAUUAUAAUAAAAGAAAAACACCAAACAUUGGACAAAAUACGCAACUUUUUUUCUGGGGAGGAUUAAUUUAUCAAACCUGGUGGAUUUUUUUUCAAAACAGACCUGGAAUAUACUCGCUAGUUAACUGUUUUCGAGCUACACGGCUAACUAGGCUAGCUAGCUAAACAUGGAGGGUAGAAAUUGAACCAAAAAACCCCCACCAAACCUCGCAAAUAUGAAGAUCCUAAAGAAGGUUUUUUUAAUGCACGCGCGGCCUAAAUUCUGUAUUAACAUCCAUCUAAAAAUAUUUUAAUUCGUAAUGUUCGGUUAUUGUUUAGUUUCGUGUAGUUUCCAUGGACGGUAUAAUGUUACUUUUUAAGUUGGAUAGCUAACCAGCUAAGUUUUUUUUUUUUUUUUUAAGAUAUCCACGCGCGUGUAUGAUGAAAUAAGUUUUCUGUUUUGGUGCUAACAACAACAACAAUAUCAAUAUCACUAAUGCACGACUGUGUGUGUGAGACUUCAGAAAAUUUGCGACAUUUUGAGUAAUGAAAUGCAGUGGAGAAAUGUUCCUGUGUUCUUCAGAGAUGCUCCGGGUCACCUGUGAAAGAAAAUAACCUAUCAGAAAUAAUAAUAAUAAGAGGAAUAAAUAAUAAUAAUAAUAGGACGUCGCGAUGGAAGGUCGGGAAAAUCCGUGACACGUCGCGAUGCUGGAGGGUUGUUAAUGGCACUUUGGGCGUUGGAUGAGGAGCAACGACACCCCGAAAACACCCCACAUGGUUCUAAUCGCUGUAGAAGAUCUAUUACAUGGAGACUAGUUGGUCAUGCCGAGGAAGGAGUUACCGUUGCCAGAGGGUUGGGAAGAAGCCCGAGAUUUUGACGGGAAAGUCUACUACAUAGACCACAUCAACCAGACCACCAGCUGGAUCGACCCCAGGGACAGGCACACUAAGCCCCUGACCUUCGCCGAUUGUAUCGGAGAUGAGUUGCCUCUGGGAUGGGAGGAAGCGUACGAUCCGCAAGUCGGCGCCUAUUACGUCGACCAUAACACGAAGAGCACUCAGCUGGAGGACCCGCGGGUGCAGUGGCAGCGUGAGCAGGAGCUCAUGCUGCGCGAGUACCUCGACGUAGCCAAGGAAGCGCUGAGCGCCCAGAAAGAGAUUUACCAGGUCAAAGAAGAACGCCUCCGUCUGGCACAGCAACAGUACAAGCAGCUCAACGACGCCUGGAGGGACAAGUCUUCGUCACAGACCAGCUUAAAUUCCAGAUCCUCAUCAAGCAGUAAAUAUGACCCUGAAAUUCUCAAGGCGGAGAUCGUGACCGCUAAGAGUCGGGUGAGUAAGCUGAAGAGAGAUCUGGCCUGCAUGAGGCAGGAGCUGCUUUAUAAGGAGCAAGGCUUUGAAACGCUGAAAGAAAUCGACCACAAGCUGGCGAGCGCUUCGUACGGCUACAAGCAGCACGAGGCCCAAGCCAUCUUGAAGGAGGUCAGGACGAUUAAAGAUGCCAUCAGCUCCGGGGAAAGAGAAAAGCAGGAGCUCAUGCAGAAACUGGCUGUGCUGAAGGACGGCUUCCGUCUGGAUUACGGCUCUCAGAACGAGCUGUGGGCGAGCAACCCCUCUCUGGCCGACUCGAACCUUUCGCUCCCUCGCCUCUAUUCGGACGCAGAGUCCCAGACGGACAUACCCGCCGAGUUGGUUUCGAUCUCCAAUAAGCUGGCAGAGAAGGUACGACUGAGCUUGAAGUACGAAGAGGCGAAAAGGAGGAUCGCAAACAUUAAAGUCCAGAUCGCCAAGUUGGACAGCGAGUCGUGGCCCGGUUUGCUGGAUCCCGAGCGAGACCGGCUCAUCCUCAUCAGCGAGAAAGAGGAGCUGCUGAAGGAACUACAGUACGUCAAACCCUGCAAGCGCGCUCCCAGCGACGCCGAGAAGAUCGAAACGGAGAAAAAGCGUCUGGAGCAGGACCUGCAGGCGGCACGCGACAGCCAGAGCAAAGCUCUGACGGAAAGGUUGACGUUACACUGCAAGAGGAACAAAUUGGUGAAGGAGCUGGAAGAUGUCGUGAGGCAGGCGUCCUCGCUGCACACCCAGCUGAAGAGCCUGUCUGCUAGCACGCUGUCCUGUUCGUCGGGCAGUAGCCGAGGGUCUCUGACGUCCAGCCGUGGCUCUCUGGCCGCCUCCAGCCUCGGCUCGCUGUCGUCCCUCAGCUUCACCGACGCCUACUUCGAGCACCAGAGCGAGCUGAGCGACCCGGAUUUCCAGGUCAAGUUGGACUCGCUGCUCCAAGAGAGCAUCUCGUCUACCUACAGGCCCUCCAGCUCCAUCCCCACCAUCCACGAGAACGAGGUGACGUCGGGGCCGGCCGCCGGCGCCGCAGGUCAGGGCGCAGGCUUACGCGCUCACGCUCUACGUCUGUCCGAGACGCCGCGCUCCAUGAGCUCGCUGUCUCCACGCUCGUCGCUCUCCUCGCUCUCUCCGCCCUGCUCGCCCCUCGUUCCCGACGCCUCGUCGCUGGCCGGAGAGACCUUUUCAGGAUCGGCGUCCCAGCUUGAUCUGGAGCUGCAGGCCCGGCUCAGCGAGCUCAGCCUGCAGGGGGACGCCAAACAGGACGCCUCUAAAGAUCUCGAUUCCCAAACAAGGGUCCCCGGUUCCGGCUCAAAGAAAGCGGGCGUGACGUCGGCCGUGUCGGACGAAUCGGUGGCGGGAGACAGCGGCGUGUACGAGGCUUCAGAAAAAAGGCCCGGAGUCCCUGCCGAGCAGACGUCGGGCGACGAGGACGGGGGAUUAGUCAGCUGCGCUCAGAUCAGACUGGGCUUGAAGUACGAGGCUAAAGAGAAGCGCUUUGCCAUCUUCGUCAUGCAGCUGACCAACUGCAGCACGCUGUCUGUUCCUGCCAGCCAGAACAUGUACGUCCGGGUGGUGGUGCUGCCCUGUCCGGAGGCCACCCGCUGCCUGUUCCGCACACGCAGCUCACAGGCCCACGACGUGCUGGAGCUCAACGAGGUGUUCGCCAUGCAGCUUUCCCCCUCCGCCUUCAGACAGAAGACGCUCCGCGUCGACGUCUGCUCCACCACCGAGUCCAGAAGAGAGGAGUGUCUGGCCGGUGCUCAGAUCAGUUUGGCUGACAUGGAGUGUUCGGAGGAAUGGUAUACCAAGUGGUACAACCUCCUCAACUACAUGCUCAUCCCAGACAUGAAUGGCAAGAACAAAGAGCUCAAGGCUCCCACGCAGUCCGACAAGACAAUAGACGGCUCCUCAGAAAUCCAAGCAGCUAACGUGAAGACGGCGGAGACAGACUGGCGAACGGAGCCUCUAGAGGGCGACGUGUUUGUGGACGGUCUGGGCAGCGACGUGGAAGGGGAGGAGUUUAACUCGGAAGGCUGCCAGUGGGAAGUGGAGGAGGAGGACGAAGAAGAAGAAGUGGUGGAGGAGGAGAAGCAGCAAGCGGCGCCAACCAAGCCUCCUUCAAGAACAGCGGCGGCUAUUCCCGAAAAGGUGAAUAAAGAGACGAGCAUGGAGGGCCUCCCUCACGCCGCCGCCUCUGUGGUCCGGCCCAAAGAGCGACGGCUUGAGCUGAACCAGCAGAACCUUUUUGUCAGGGGUAACACUAUAAUCCGCUCCAAGACCUUUUCUCCUGGUCCACAGAGCCAGUACAUCUGCAGGAUCAACCGCAGCGACAGCGACAGCUCCACUCUUUCCAAGAAGUCUCCUUUCGUCCGGAACGCCUCCGAGAGGCGCAGUGUCCGUAUUAAAAAGCCUCCGACGCAGACGCACGGCUCAGACGGUGUGAUGCGCACUCCUAUGGACCUGGAACUGGAGCUUCAGGCGUCUCGGACGCGCCACAGCCGGCUGAACGAGGAGCUGCGGGUGCUGCGGCAGCUGAAGGAGCAGAUGGAGAGCGCGAGGCAGCAGGGCCAGCGCAGCCUUCCCGCAUGGGUUCAAGAGGACGAGCGCUUCCGAUUGCUGCUCACGCAGGCCGAGAAACAGACUCAGGAGGAACAGCUGCAGGAGCAGAGAGUGGAGAAGAUGAUGCGAGCGGCAGCUAAGGAGGUGCACAAGAUCCGAGGACAGAGCCGCAAAGAAGGUCCCGAAGUCCAAUCCUUCAGAGAGAAGAUGGCCUUCUUCACACGAGUAAAGAUAAACGUUCCUGACCUACCAGCUGACGACGUAUAGACCGCAAGCAAGAGUCUAAUCUGCUGUUUCACUGAAGAAGAACCUGACCUCUGGUGGUAUUAUGAAGAAUGAAGAAUUAUUACUGCAGAAAAUUAUUAAGUGUAUACUCCGUAGGAAAAAUGUCCAUUUUAAUACACUGGGUUUUUAGCUCUCA